AAAAACGCCACUUGAUUUGUACGAGUGAAAAAUCGAUUGCAUUUGGAUGUGGAUUGGAAUAAACCUUAUCGAACAUAAUCUAUUGGAUUUUUAAAAAUGAUGAAUAAUUGGACCAUUUUGUCUCGAUCAGCAUUGAUACUGACAAUAUUUCUACUUGCAGCUACGAAAUCGGCUGUCAGCAACGAUGGCGACAUCGAAUGUAAUUUGCAUAACUCAUCAUGCGAAGCCUGUGUGAAAUAUGACCUACGAUGUUAUUAUUGUGCUAAUGAUAAUCAAUGUUAUAGAUGGAUUGGAAUGAAUGACGAAUGUAAACACAAUAGCUAUUGGCGCACGUGUAAAUUAAGUGCCAGUAUUUGGAUUACCUUGUUGGUCAUAUUGUUCAGUUUGGUCACCAUAUUAUCGGUCAUAUUGAUUAUUUGGUGUUGCUGUAUUGGUCCUUGUUGUCGCCGUUUUCAACAAAGGCAACUAAAUAGAUGGGAUGGUGCACGACGAUCGAUGAUGAAUAUGCAUCAAGAACGUCAACGUUUACGACAGCAGCAACGAGACCAUUUUCGUGCCAAACAUGGCCUAACUAACAAUGAUACUACUAGCAGCAAAUACACACGUUUUUCCUGAUGGAAUUUGGCAUUCAAGAUUGUUCGUUUUUAACACAUUUUUCCCCGUACAAUUAAAUCAAUAAAUAUUUUCCUAAUUCAAA